CGCGCCACUAGGUGGCGGACGCACACAGGGGGGACGAUGGGCGUGCUCAAUAGAAACCGCUGAGCUGCGGUCAGUGUAUAUACGAUAGCAUCCUCUAAUAUGUUUUUAUCGAGAUUAGCCUUCCCUUAGGAUUAAAUCAUAUUAUUUUCAACUAACACGGACCGCUAUUUUUUUAGCAUUUUCACCCCGCUUUUCCUAAACCAGUUCGAUCCUAUUUUAACUGUCUGAACGAGGAUCAGCAAACAUGUUCUACACUUGUGGUCCCAACGAGGCUAUGGUGGUGUCAGGCAUCUGUCGUUCUCCUCCGAUGAUGAUAGCUGGAGGCCGAGUGUUCGUCAUCCCAUGCAUUCAGCAGAUACAGAGGAUUUCUCUGAACACUCUGACUCUGAAUGUGAAGAGCGAUAAAGUCUACACCCGCCACGGGGUCCCAGUCUCUGUCACCGGAAUAGCCCAGAUGAAGAUCCAGGGUCAGAAUAAACAGAUGCUGGCUGCAGCUUGUCAGAUGUUCAUGGGGAAGUCAGAGGCCGAGAUCGCGCAGAUCGCCCUGGAGACGCUGGAGGGGCACCAACGGGCCAUCAUCGCCCACCUGACUGUUGAGGAGAUCUACAAGGACCGUAAGAAGUUUUCAGAGCAGGUUUUCAAGGUGGCCUCCUCUGACCUAGUCAACAUGGGCAUCAGCGUGGUCAGCUACACGCUCAAAGAUGUUCAUGACGACCAGGAUUACCUUCACUCUCUGGGAAAGGCUCGCACAGCCCAGGUGCAGAAGGACGCUCGCAUCGGAGAGGCCAAGAACAAGAGAGAUGCUGUGAUAAGGGAAGCCCAUGCAAUGCAGGAGAAAGUCUCAGCUCAGUACAAGAAUGAGAUUGACAUGGCAAAGGCCCAGAGGGACUAUGAGCUGAAGAAAGCAGCCUAUGACAUCGAGGUCAACACUAAGAAGGCUGAGUCAGAGAUGGCCUACCAGCUGCAGGUAGCAAAGACAAAGCAGCGUAUUGAGGAGGAGAAGAUGCAGGUGCAGGUGGUUGAGCGGACGCAGCAGAUUAUGCUGCAGGAGCAGGAGAUCACUCGCAGGGAGAAGGAACUCGAGGCCAAGGUGAAGAAACCUGCAGAUGCUGAGCGAUACCGCCUGGAGAAACUGGCUGAGGCUCAGCGUCUGAAGUUGAUCAUGGAGGCAGAAGCUCAAGCUGAGUCCAUCAGGAUCAAAGGUGAGGCUGAGGCGUUUGCAGUGGAGGCCAAAGGUCGUGCAGAGGCAGAGCAGAUGGCGAAGAAGGCAGAGGCCUUCCGGCAGUACAAGGACGGAGCCAUGGUGGACAUGCUGCUGGAGAAACUGCCUCUGAUGGCAGAAGAGAUCAGCAGGCCUCUGUGUGGAGUCAACAAGGUUACCAUGGUGUCCAGUGGAGGAGGGGAGGUGGGUGCAGCCAAACUGUCAGGAGAGGUGCUGGACCUCAUGAUCCGCCUGCCUGACAUGGUGGAUAAACUGACCGGAAUCAACAUCUCCCAGGUGACCUCUCGUACAGGCUGAAGUGAAUCAACCAAUCCGGUGACCAGGCAGAUCCACUGUCCCUCUGUCUCAUCUGCUGCCUGGACUCCUUGCAUGAGUCUACUAACAUAUCCUCUUCCUCCUCCCCCAUGUCUGUCUCAUAUCACAUCUGGCUGUGAGGUUUGUGUGUUUUUAAAACACUUUCAGUUUAUACUGUAUUUGUCACUGAUGCCCAGCCCUGUCUAAAGUAAAUGGCUACAGUUACAGAUGUUAUUGUCCAUACUGUAUGUGUCCUGGUGCCACAGUACAAACAUAAAGCAUGCAUAUUACAGUACUUUCCAUGAUUCCUUGAUUCACAUUGAUGUGACCAGAUUUUAACAUGCAGCUGGAACUGUAGCCUCUGUGUUUCCCUGCACUUUUAAAAUUUCACCAGACUUGGUCUUUACACUCUGCCCUUUCCUACCUUGUUCUCUUUUACAGUGUGUCACAUUUUAAGUGUUUGCAUCACAUUAAUAAGGAAGUCUAAUUCUCUCUCCUCUGUCUGUGUUAACUUAAAUGUCCUCCAUAACUGCCUGUGUGCACUUUCUGCUAAACCUUAAGUGCAUCUUAAUAUGAAAGUUUAAUAUAAACAUACAUUCAGAGCCUUCAUUUACUACUGCUACUAGCAUGACAUUGUGUAACACUAGACUGAAACCACAGGCAGUCGUCAGUCAUUUCCCAUUGUGCUUCUUUAGGGAAAUCAUUUAGUCUUUGAAGUGGUCAUCGAUGGUUGUUCUCCAUCCUCUGUGUCUGUUUAUGUUUU